GCAUGGCCAGCGCGGGAGCUCCCGCGGCCUGAGCCGCCCCCGCCGCCGGCACCAUGGCAGCCGCCGGCGAUGCCGGCCUCGACGUGGCGGCGGUGGAAAGUUUCCUAGAGAGGCACCCGGAGCUGGUGGAGAAGUGGCUGCAGAGGAAGAACUCGCUCCCUAAAGCGCCUGCCGCCCCCGCUGGCGGCCCUUCGGAAGAGCGGCGGAGCAGCGACGGCCCCGGCGGCAGCUGGGGGAGCGCGGGCGGCCCCGGCGGCCCCGGCCCCGGCCCCGGGGGGCUGCAGCGCCGAGCGUCCCAGAAGGAGCUGCGGAAGAGCUUCGCCCGCUCCAAAGCUAUCCACGUCAACCUCACCUACGACGAGCAUGUGCACGCCCGGGCGCAGGAGCCGCUGAGCAGCGUGCGGCGGCGGGCGCUGCUGCGGAAGGCCAGCUCCUUGCCCCCCACCACCGCACACAUCCUCAGCGCCCUGCUGGAGUCCCGCGUCAGCCUGCCCCAGUACCCCCCCACCGCCCUCGACUACAAGCGCUACCUCAAGGAGCACAACGAGCGCCAGUUCUUCCUGGAACUGGUCAAGGACAUCUCCAAUGACCUGGACCUCACCAGCCUCAGCUACAAGAUCCUCAUCUUCGUCUGCCUCAUGGUGGACGCGGACCGGGGAUCCCUCUUCCUCGUCGAGGGGACCUCCUCCGGCAAGAAGACCCUGGUGUCCAAGUUCUUCGACGUGCACGCCGGCACCCCGCUGCUGCCUUGCGGCUCCAGCGAGGACAGCAACGAGGUGCAGGUGCCCUGGGGCAAGGGCAUCAUCGGCUACGUGGCGGAGCACGGAGAGACGGUCAACAUUCCCGAUGCCUACCAGGAUCGACGCUUUAAUGAUGAGAUUGACAAACUGACUGGAUACAAGACAAAGUCACUCUUGUGCAUGCCCAUAAGAAAUAGUGACGGAGAGAUUAUUGGUGUAGCCCAAGCAAUAAAUAAGACUCCAGGAGGUGCCCCUUUUUCUGAUGAUGAUGAAAAGGUGAUGCAGAUGUACCUCCCCUUCUGUGGGAUUGCCAUAUCCAAUGCCCAGCUAUUCGCAGCUUCAAGGAAGGAAUAUGACAGAAGCAGGGCUUUACUGGAGGUAGUGAAUGACCUCUUUGAGGAACAGACUGACUUAGAGAAAAUUGUCAAGAAAAUUAUGCAUCGGGCUCAGACUCUACUGAAGUGUGAACGGUGCUCAGUAUUACUUCUGGAAGAUAUUGAAUCACCAGUGGUGAAAUUUACAAAGUCUUUCGAAUUGUUAUCUCCAAAAUGCAGUGCUGAUACUGACAACAGUUUCAAAGACAGCAUGGAAAAAUCAUCUUAUUCUGACUGGCUAAUCAACAACAGCAUUGCUGAACUCGUCGCUUCCACAGGUCUCCCAGUGAACAUCAGUGAUGCCUAUCAGGAUCCUCGCUUUGAUGCUGAGGCUGACCAAAUUUCUGGCUUUCACAUAAGAUCUGUUCUGUGUGUUCCUAUAUGGAACAGCACCCACCAAAUAAUUGGGGUAGCUCAAGUGUUGAACAGGCUUGAUGGGAAAUCCUUUGAUGAUGCUGACCAGCGACUGUUUGAAGCUUUUGUUAUUUUUUGUGGCCUGGGUAUCAACAACACAAUUAUGUAUGACCAAGUGAAGAAAUCCUGGGCAAAACAGUCUGUGGCUCUUGACGUGUUGUCUUAUCAUGCAACAUGUUCGAAGGCAGAAGUGGAUAAAUUCAAGGCAGCAAACAUCCCUCUGGUGUCAGAGCUUGGCAUUGACGAUAUCCAUUUUGAUGACUUCUCGCUCGAUGUGGAUGCCAUGAUUACUGCAGCCCUGCGGAUGUUCAUGGAACUUGGAAUGGUUCAGAAAUUUAAAAUUGACUAUGAGACGCUGUGUAGGUGGCUCUUGACGGUGCGGAAGAACUACCGAAUGGUCUUGUAUCACAACUGGAGGCACGCUUUCAACGUCUGCCAGCUGAUGUUUGCCAUGUUAACUACUGCAGGAUUUCAGGAGAUUCUAACCGAAAUUGAAAUUUUAGCUUUGAUUGUGGGAUGCUUGUGUCACGACCUUGACCACAGGGGAACCAACAAUGCCUUCCAAGCCAAGAGUGGAUCAGCCUUAGCUCAGCUCUACGGCACCUCUGCUACCUUGGAGCACCACCAUUUCAAUCAUGCUGUCAUGAUUCUCCAAAGUGAGGGUCACAACAUCUUUGCUAACUUGUCCUCUAAGGACUACAGUGACCUUAUGCAGCUUCUAAAGCAAUCAAUAUUGGCAACAGACCUCACUCUGUAUUUUGAGAGAAGGACUGAAUUUUUUGAGCUUGUCAGUAAAGGUGGUUAUGAUUGGAAUAUAAAAAACCACCGAGAAGUAUUUCGAUCAAUGCUAAUGACAGCCUGUGACCUUGGAGCUGUGACCAAACCGUGGGAGAUUUCAAGACAGGCAGCUGAGCUGGUCACCAGUGAGUUCUUUGAACAAGGAGACAGAGAAAGAUCUGAACUCAAACUCACCCCUUCAGCCAUUUUUGAUCGGAACAGGAAGCAUGAACUACCCAGGUUGCAGCUCGAGUGGAUUGAUAGCAUCUGCAUGCCAUUGUAUGAGUGUCUAGUGAAGCUGAAUGUGAAACUGAAGCCUAUGCUGGACUCCGUGGCAGUAAAUAGAGGUAAAUGGGAGGAGCUGCACCAAAAAAGACUUCCUUCUCAGGCGGCAUCCUUGUCCUCCUUCUCCUCUAGCUUCACCAUGUCUCUCAAAGACAUAAAUUAAACAUGCAAAUAUCAGUUUCACUUUACAGUAAGAGCUGUCUGAAAGGUUUUCAUAAGCUUAGACCCACCAUUUUUUAAGAAAUGCUUUCCCAGACAUGCUUAAUUGAUGGGAUAUUAUCUUGACGGCAGCACAGUUUGCUUUUCCUGGAAGGCUUAGUGGGACUGAACGGAAGCUUGCAGUGGGAUUGCGCUGGUAUCUGGAGAGACACGGAACACUGAACAGAAGAAGCAUUCAUUCAGCUCCACUACAUUUCAACUGCUGCUGUAUAAACCUGUAAAGCUGACAACAGACUGAAAUAUAAGAACUUGCAGCUUAAUAAAAUUAAUAAUACAGAGCAGGACUGGGAAGCAAGCUGGCCAAUUCAUAUGCAAGGAGCUGCAGAAAACAGAAUAGUGUGUAAUUACAUUGUUGUUUUGCAUCUCUUCAGUACAUGUUAUGAAUCAAUUAUGCCUGCUUUUGUGAUGCUCCUCUCUUACUCUCCCUCCUCUUUUAUGCCUGAAUGUUCUGAAAAGCCUGCUUUGUAUUCUGAAGAAGUAUUUUUUUACAACAAAGCUUCUUAGUGAUUGAUCAGGGCCUUUAGAAUUGCCUACCUUUGCUACAUUUAAAAACAAACUUUAUUAUCUUUAAAAACACCAAGCUGUCCCUUCUUCCCUGAGAAAUUCAUAUUAACAUUGCAGCAAAUUUCUCAGCAAGAGGAAGUUUGCAUAAAGGCAAAAUAUUGCAUGGCAAUUUUAGAGGUUUUUUUUUUUUUUUUCUUUUAAAAAAUGCUCUUAUAACACAUUCUUCUUUUUUUUUUUUUUUUUAAUUAUGGAGUCACCUAAGGAAAAGAUUAUUGUUUUUUUUUUUUUAAUAGAAUACAAAUAAAAAAGGAAAUCUGUUGCUUUGUGCUUCAGGUUUAUAUUACAUUGAAAAGCAGAACAUGGAUAAGCCUUUCUAGUAUAAUUUCCAGUUGAAAUUAGUAUUUUGAAAUGGUGGAGAUGUAGAAUAUCAUCACACUGGACUACCCCUUACUCUCUCGCAGUUCUUUCAGUACAAUUUCAAAUGCUAUUACUACAGGUAGCACAGCACUAGUCAAGGCUCACCUGUGGUAAAGGUGUGCCUAAAAAUCUAAUCAAAUAUGAUAGGUCACAAAACCAAAUGUCUCUCUGUGAUGACCCUAGUAUUACCUGAAAGUUGGUCUCCUUCUAUUAGUGUCAAGAUCAUUAAUGCAGCAAACCUGUGAUCUGUGACUUGAGGGUGUUUUCUCUGCUGCAUGACCAGACACAAGAGGAGUCAUGCUGCAGUGUUUUUGAGCACCCAUUCAUAGGGGGGAAAAAAAAAAGAAAAAAGCCUUUGUACUCCAUGAAAUAUGGGAUUCUAAAUCUAGGGGUUUCUGGCAGCAAAAAUUAAAGCUGAAUGCAGCUUAGUUUUACACCUGUGCCAAACUCCUUUUACUUCGGUGGAAUUACCUUGAACUGGCACCAGAUUAAUAGAAAUCAGAACCUGGCCCAGCUGACCAGAUACUAAAAGAGCUUUUCUCCUUUCGGAGGACAAGGGAGGAAAGGCGGGAAACUCGGGAAUACACCAACUGUAAUAGGGGGGUACAUAGAACGAACCAAAUACAUAAUACAAAUGUAAUAGAACAUAAAAUACCACAACUCCACAGUUAGAGCCUUAGAAAAGCUGACUACAUCAAACAGAAACAACAAAUAUGCUGAUCCCUUCUUUGAAAGAAACACAACAAAACAAAAAUGUUCUGUGCUUCUAAUGGUGUGUAGGACAAUAGCUGGAAAUUCAGUAGCAUUGUGAGCCAGUCUGUUAGUGCACGACUGAACCACAUCACUCUCUAGCAGAUGGAAGCAGGGAAGGAGCAGAAAUGCAAAGUGCGCCACAGUGAGUACACACACCAAAUGGAAAUGUUUCUGCUGUUCUUCUACCACUUCUUUCUUCUCUGAAUAAAACCGGAGAAGACUGGUAAGCAGCAAGCCAUACAAACCUACAACACAUACUUUAUCGGAAACACAGCUACUAGGAACCGAUAGUACUGCUGGCAGGUACACACAGCUUUCCUGAAUUUUGAUAUUGCAUACUGCUAAGUGUAACAUAAUUUAUAAUGCAUACCCUACGGCCUCCCCAAAGGUUGAGUCUCCCCUCAUUUCCUCUCCUUUUUACUGGCUUCAGUGCACUGUUGCCCAUGGCAACAUCCACUGGCAGGGAUGGGGACUCGGCAGCACCGCAGCCUGACACACGGCUGAAGCCCUAACAAUGUCAACCAUCAAUCAAGUGACUGUUUGUAAUUGCCUCCAUCUAUUUCUCCUGUCUUUUGGUAUCUUUGCAAUUGUGGGUCAAAAUUCAGAAACUGCUGACUAAUGUUAUGGUUCUGUUCCUUCAUCACAAGGGAGAAAAUGAGAGCACAUGGCUUGAUCUUAUCAAAUUGUUCUCAGGAAAAACGAAACAACCCUACUGAAACUGGGGGGCUCAACAGUGCAUCUCAGAACAGCAUUCAAUCUCUGAAAGUCAUAUAGCUCAAUCUUUAAAAAAUCAACCACUUAAGCCAACAAAAACCUUAUCUUCUUUUUUUAAGACUUAGCUUAGGAAAGAGCAAAAAAAAAAAAAGUGAGAAAAACAUGACUCUUUGCAGAAACAUGUAGUACAUUAAAGAAACAUAUUUCAAGUCUAUUAUAUUUUAAGAUUGUUGGAAACAUUUUUAGCUAGCAAUUAUAAACUUGAUGAUCAGAAAUUGUAUCUGCUUUUCAUUAUUUCUGAUAGGGAAAAAAUUUCCCAGUAUUUCAAUCAGUUCUGCCAAGCUCUUUGAGAUAUGCACAAGAGACAUGAUUGUGUAGGUUAUUUAAUCUCAUUCUCUGUCUUUUACUUGCUUCCCUACCUGCUGAACAAAGAGAGAUUAAAAAAAAAAAAAAACAACAUUGAAAUCAGCCUAAUUCUGCGAAUGCAUAUAAAACACAGAUCCACAAGCACAAGAGGCAAGGACAAGUCAAGAAAGCAUGUGGAGAACACAACUGUUACCCAGGACAGUGCUGCUUGGCCUUUCCCCUGAGAUGCCUAGCACAUCAGCAAAAGACAAGUUGCCAUUUUUUUGCUCCAGCUGUAAGUGGAAAUCUGGCCUUGACAGAGGCCUCUAGCAUUUACAGUUCCAGUGCUAAAAUUUUAUGGGCACAUGGAUUGUCCAUAGGACACCCAGAGGUGCUUCAGGUUGGUUGUGGCAAUGCCUUUUUUCUAGGUGUCCUACUGACUCGUGCCAACUGCAGACUGAAUUUGGUCAGGUUUCUCUCGGCCCAUGAACUGCAGGCCUUGAGGUCUCACAAAAGCCAGGCAGCAGCCUUAAUUUUGUCACCAGAAAAUGCUCAGGUCUUCAUCCCCAUCCUCAAAGGUAGUUCCAGCCAAACAGUAAUUUCAUUUGGGAUUCCCACCUGUGAAACCACUUACCAAAAUCACCCUUUCCUCAGAAAAAAUGAAACCCAAAUAAAACAAUCAUUUUUAAAACCCACCAUAAAUGUUCUACAAUUGCAAAGGCUAACGAGGAAGGACCUUGACAUUCAAAUCCUGCUUGAUUUCGAGCAGGUUUCUGAACUGCAGGUGCAUCUGCGCCACCAGAUGGUGGCAACUAACAAGGGUGGGCUUGUCUCCUGCCCUUCUGCCAAAGCCCCUUUCAUGUGCUCAGCAAGGAGACAAGGAUGCCCACUGGUACAGCCCCAAUUUUGGCUUCACUCCUGAGAGGGGCAUGGGGCAGACAUGCUUUAGGUCUUGUAUGUGCACUCCCUUGGACUACAGUGCUCCCCUGCAACAUGACAGCAUGACCCCACCAGAAAACUGAACACUGUUCAAGGCAAGGAGCACCUGGGGCAGAGGCUCUCCGGUGGUUGAGACAGCAGAACCUCCCAAGAACAAGAUGUCCAAAAGGUGUCUUUCACCGUAAGUUGAGUAGUGAAAUCAGACAAUUCCCUCCCAGCCUGGGACCUACAAAGAACAGCUGCAUAAUGUGAUGGAGAUGCAGACUCUGCUUGUCAGGACGUGGUUUUGCUCCUGCUCUGAAGGAGGGCUGCACAAGGUCAGGCAGCAGUAACUCGCUGAGGUUUAAAGUGGAUGGAUGCCUCCUGUGGCAGGCAGGCACAGAACUGCCCACACAGCUCCCACUCAGCCAACCCCUAGCAUUUACAGGGCCAGGGGUCUUGCCAAGAAGGUCAAUUGUGUGUUUUGUAACCACAGCGCAGACAAGUAUGUUUCAUUCUAGCUCAGGUAUUUCUUCAGAUAGUGUCCUUGAUACAGCAGCUGCAUUUUUCUGGUCUGGUGACCUUGCUAAUUGCUCCUUCUUGGAGAACACUGCAAUCUCAUAAUGUGCCUGUAGUUACCAACAAAGCCAAUACUAGUACUCACAAAUUAUUUUUGAAAACUGCAACCAGCAGUGCCUAAUGUCAUUUGUAAUAUUUAGAUUAAUUCAUUCUAGUGGAAAAACAGGAGUGUUUCAGUCUACAGGCCAAAUAGUUAUUUUCCCUUUAUAAACUCAAACCAAUUUUAGUUCCCGAUAAGUAAUUUGUGCAUUGUGUGAAACUUUAAAACAGGUUUAUUUCAAAGAUACAUAAAACAUACUAACAGGCACUUCAAUGCCUAGAGUGUAUGGGCAAGAAAAUAAUAGAACAAGAAGGUUUUUUUAUAGCUUUUUCAAAGGAAGAGUUUUCAAAGAGUAAAAUCAUGUGAAUGGUUUCUAACAUAGCAAUGAAUUGGGACUUGUGAGAUGCCCCAGAGAUUCCUGUCCCUGGAAUGUGCCACUGUUGGAAUACAUCCUGUAUAUUGCUUGCUACCUUUUCUUUCUUGGAUUACUUUGUAUUUAAUUAUGAAUUCUUAAGCAUGUAGGUCAUUACAUCUUACAGUUUUCUGGGCAAUACACCUGUGGGAGACAGCUGAUAAAUGCACAGAAAUACCAUGUGUCUGUUCUAAGGCAAGUGAUUCCCAGACACUUGCAAAAUGUGUAACUUAAAAGAUUUCUGUAUCCUUUUUUUUUUUUUUCUCAUCUUAAAACCAUUACUCUUAUUGUUUUGCUUAGUAGAUCAAACUAUGUUGGUUCAGCUUUCAAAACAUGCUUUUGAAAUUAACAACUUUGUUUUACUGGUCUUUAAAAAGAUAAAUAAUUUUAACAGCU